AUGGUCACCUCCUACCCUUUCGCCUCCCAACCUGUCGCCUCCCACCCUGCCACCUCCCACCCUGCCACCUCCCACCCUGUCAUCUCCCAACCUGUCGCCUCCCACCCUGCCACCUCCCUCCCUGUCACCUCCCACCCUGCCACCUCCCACCCUGUCAUCUCCCACCCUGCCACCUCCCACCCUGCCACCUCCCACCCUGCCACCUCCCAACCUGUCAUCUCCCAACCUGUCACCUCCCUCCCUGUCACCUCCCACCCUGUCACCUCCCACCCUGUCACCUCCCAACCUGUCGCCUCCCACCCUGCCACCUCCCACCCUGUCACCACCCACCCUGCCACCUCCCACCCUGCCACCUCCCUCCCUGUCACCUCCCACCCUGCCACCUCCCAUCCUGUCACCUCCCACCCUGCCACCUCCCACCCUGCCAGCUCCCACCCUGUCAUCUCCCAACCUGUCACCUCCCACCCUGCCACCCUGCCACCUCCCACCCUGUCACCUCCCACCCUGUCACCUCCCAACCUGUCGCCUCCCACCCUGCCACCUCCCACCCUGUCACCUCCCACCCUGCCACCUCCCACCCUGCCACCUCCCACUCUGUCAUCUCCCAACCUGCCACCUCCCAUCCUGUCACCUCCCACCCUGCCAUCUCCCAACCUGCCACCUCCCAUCCUGUCACCUCCCACCCUGCCACCUCCACCCUGUCACCUCCCUCCCUGUCACCUCCCACCCUGUCACCUCCCACCCUGCCACCUCCCAUCCUGUCACCUCCCACCCUGCCACCUCCACCCUGUCACCUCCCACCCUGCCACUUCCACCCUGUCACCUCCCUCCCUUUCACCUCCCACCCUGUCAACUCCCAACCUGUCACCGUUAUCAGACCCUUGA